AUGUGCCUCCCACGUGGACGCUCCCACACACCCCGGGGCUCCUGGGCUCAGCCAGGAGGCACGCUUGACACCCACAGUGGCAGCCAGCGGCCUGGAGGGAUUAACCCCGGUUGGUUUCCAACCUCUGGUUGGAGGGCAGAAAAUGUAAAUCCUCGUGGUCAGCGGGGCAGCUGGCGCCAAGAUGCCAAGGGGGUCACUCACGGGGUGCAGGGCCUUUCUGUUCAAUUAGAUAGAGCACACCCACCCCCAUCUAGGAAGUGGGGCUUCAACAGGCAGCAUCUAGCCCCAGGUGGGAAAGGCCUGACUGCCAGACCCAGGCAGCAGGAGUCCACGCCUGGGACAGACAUGAAGCCCAGACCAGGAAAUCGUGGGGAAAGGCCAGGCCUGGGCAACACAGCCAGCCCCCAGACUGCCAGCCGGUGGGAAACGGGCUCCCAGCUAGACUUGGGGGAGGAACUUCGGGGCUGA